AGUGGAUACCCCAUGAGAUGGUUGCUGACUGCUGAAGUGACCCAGAAAGAAACAACAGACUUCGUGGGUUUGGGAAGCUGGAGAAAUCGAAGAAACAGAGAUGGCGGUAAGGCAAAGAGCAGUAACAGCGCUUCCAAACCUCAUACGCACUCUCCGCAACGAACAACCUUUCAAGCUCAAACCUCAUCACAAUCCCAAUCAUCCCAAUCACAAUUCCUUGCCCUCUCUCCGACGUGCUUUCUCCUUAUACGAUCAGAUCAAUCUCAUUGACAAUGUCCCUGAAGAUCAACUCCGAUUUCAAGGGUUUAAUGAUACUGGGUUUACUGUAAAUGGAACUGAAUAUGAAGGAAGUUUGCUUUGUGUUGGAAAUUUGAUCAUGUCUUGGAAACCAAAGAAGUUUUCUGAGAUCACUGCUGAUAGCUUGUCACUCUUUCAGAUUGUCCGCCCUAUCCCAGAGAUUCUAAUUAUUGGCUGUGGAAGGAACAUUCAACAUGUUGAUCCUGAACUAAGACGGUUUAUUCGGUCUACUGGCAUGAAGUUAGAAGCUGUUGACUCGAGAAACGCAGCGUCAACUUACAACAUAUUGAACGAAGAAGGUCGUAUUGUGGCUGCUGCACUUCUUCCAUAUGGAGUUUCUUCAUGAAGCUUGGACCUAUAUUCUCAGUACCUACCAUUUGCUCCAAAUAUGCUCACUUUUGUCGGGAGCUAAAAUCUUGCGUAAAUCUGCAGGAAAUGCAUUGUUUUUUCUAUGUAGAAAGUUUUGACAUAUCAAUAGGACACUGAGUUAAGCACAGAUGACUGUGUUGAUGUUUUCAAAUGUAAUAAUAAUAAUGAUAAUUAUAAUGUAUAGAACUGCAGCUUCACAAAUCCCUGCAAAGUUGGUUUUUCUAAUUGAUGGCUGUUUGGUUUGAAUGCUA